CGGAGCCCUGAGUAAACUUGAAGCCAUGGACAGUGCCUGUGAAGAAGCCUCAGACCGAAUCUUGCUGGAACCGUACAAGUACUUGUUGCAGCUGCCAGGAAAGCAAGUACGGACAAAACUCUCCCAAGCGUUUAACCACUGGCUGAAUGUUCCAGAAGACAAACUGCAGGUGAUCAUUGAGGUGACUGAGAUGCUGCACAAUGCCAGCCUGCUGAUAGACGACAUUGAGGACAGCUCCAAGCUGCGCCGCGGCUUCCCCGUGGCGCACAGCAUCUACGGCAUCCCCUCGGUCAUCAACUCCGCCAACUACGUCUACUUCCUGGGGCUGGAGAAGGUGCUGACCCUGGAGCACCCCGAGGCGGUGCGCGUGUUCACCCGCCAGCUGCUGGAGCUGCACCGGGGUCAGGGCCUGGACAUCCACUGGAGGGACACCUACACCUGCCCCACGGAGGAGGAGUACCGCCACAUGGUGCUGCAGAAGACCGGGGGCCUUUUCGGCCUGGCCGUGGGGCUGAUGCAGCUCUUCUCCGACUGGAAGCGGGACCUCAAACCCCUCCUGGACACGCUGGGCCUCUUCUUCCAGAUCCGCGACGACUACGCCAACCUGAGCUCCCGCGAGUACAGCGAGAACAAGAGCUUCUGCGAGGACCUGACGGAGGGCAAGUUCUCCUUCCCCACCAUUCACGCCAUCUGGUCCCGUCCGGAGAGCACCCAGGUGCAGAACAUUCUGCGGCAGCGCACGGAGAACAUGGACAUCAAGCGCUACUGCGUGGACUACCUGGAGAAGAUCGGCUCGUUCGCGUACACCCGCCGAACGCUGCGGGACCUGGAGGCCGAGGCCUACCGGCUCAUCGGGGAGCUGGGAGGGAACCCCCAGCUGGAGAGCCUGAUCAAACACCUGAGCCAGAUGCACCGAGACGCCGAGGCCAGCGCCGAGGCCAGCGGGGAGCCGCACCCCAGAGAGAAGCAC